AUGAUUGGGUGGUUUUUCCUUGGAAGUUUCCUGGCUUAUGGCCUGGUUAUGAUAUUCUAUCGACUACAUGUUCACCCACUAAGCAAGUACCCCGGACCCUGGCUCGCCGGUGCCACAGGUCUAUAUGAAAUGUAUUUUACAUUGGGAGGAUCAUUCGAGGACGAGAUUGAUCGAAUGCACCAGAAAUAUGGACCCGUGGUACGCAUAACACCCAACGAAGUCCAUGUCCAAGAACAACUCUAUCACACUAGCUACGCCGAUGGCUGGAUCAAGGGUAGCGAAGCACUCUCUAGCCAGCUUUCACGGCCUAGUCGCUUCCAGACCAAAAAACGAUCGAUCUCGAGGGCUAGAUCGAUCCUUCAGGUGGAAGUCUAUCAGAUCAUUCGUGCACUGGUACAAAGACACCAACUAAAUCGAUUAUUUGGCUCGUUUCCACCUUUCAUCCCUCUACCAAUGCAUGACACCCGAACCGAUCCGGAAGAGAGUGAUCUAGAAGACGGAAGAUCGGUCGAUUGGACUGCUAAGGCCGAAAGGAAGGAAGUGAAAGGAAGCCAGGGUUCCUGA